AUGGAGCUGCGGUGGAGCCUCGGUGGAACGCGAGGUGUGGGUGGGAUGUGGCUUCUUUUCGUCCUUCUCCCACUCUUUGCCACCAUCACUGCUGCGAUUUCAGGAGAAAGCAAGAUGAUGCCACUUCUUGAGCUCGAAGAAGGCGAUGAACCGAUUUAUUUGGCAGUGAAACGAGCGCCCGCGAUACCGUUCCAGGGUGGCAUGUAUGGGAAGAGGGCGGCUUUGCCAUUCCAAGGUGGAAUGUAUGGAAAGAGAGCAACGAUGCCAUUUGGCGGGGGAAUGUACGGGAAACGAGCUGCACCCAUGGUACCCUUCUCUGGUGGAAUGUACGGUAAAAGAGGCGAUCGAAUGCUGCGAUCGAUGCCGUUCAGCGGGGGAAUAAUCUUGGCUUCGUCGGGGCCGAGCGUGGCCGGCAAGUCGCCCGCUGGCUCAACCUCGAGUGCUUCAUCGAUGAUGUCAGCAUCUCCGACUCCAUCACUGCCAGCGACUCCUUCACGAAAACUCCCCAAAUACACAUCCAUCGAUCUUGAGUCCGAAUUACCGCAAAUUUUUAGCACAAAUCUCAAUCCAAAUUUACAUGAUCCGGACAUGACGAAUUUCUAUGGACAUCCGAAUUUGGGAAGAUAUCCACGCUCAAAGGGAAGCUCUUCACGCCACAGCCCUCCACCCCUCUACCAGCAUUCGCCUGCAGGAGUGACCCCACCGGGUUCCCCUCGUUUCUCAUUCUCGGUCUCUCGUGGUCCAUCUCGUCCUCGCACGAUUGUCCUUU